GGAUCAAAAGCUAAGAACUGUUAUACUAAAACUGAAGAAAUACAUCACUUUGAAUCAGACGUGUUAGGAUAAGAAGGCUAUAGUCCAUUAUGUGCCAGCAAGCGACAACCCCUCGUUCUCCAGUGUGACGUGGGUGACGUCACGACACGACGACGUCGGAGGGUCCGAAAGCAGGGCACCUCGCCAGUUCUCCUGUUACCGCUGGAGGGAGCAACCGGCACCGUGCACGCGGACGGGGCUGUGCACGCGGACGGGGCAGAAAAGAGCUAAAAUUCUGACGAGCACACUUACGCCUGUUAUUCAUUGCAUGAGACGAAGAUCUAUUUUAUUUCGUUUGAUUUUUUUAAAAAAAUUCAUUAGUUUUAGGUGACCAUGGAUUUCCAGAUGUUGCUGCUGCAGCUGGACGAGGCUUUGGCCAAGGCAGAUGUGCAGGCUCUGGCCUUCCUGUGCACAGACCUGCUCAGCAAAGACCUGAGCGACGUCUCCUCUGUCAGCGAACUGCUCUUCUUGCUGCAAACCCGAGACCUUCUCUCUCCUCACGAAACCUCCCUCCUGACCGAGCUGCUGCACAUCCUCAAGCGCCAAAGCCUAACUCGGCAGCUCGCCUUACCCAGCCGGUUGCCGGAACCCCGAUUCAUUUCCAGUUACAGAGAAAUGCUGUUUGACCUGUCAGAGAAUAUCACUGUUGAUGAUCUUCGGACCAUUAAGUUCUUAUUGCAUGACACACUUCCACGCAGGAAGCUGGAUGAAAGCACUACGAUGCUAAAACUCCUCAUGGAAAUGGAGAAGGAAGACCUUUUGAGCAGUUCAAACCUGGAAACACUAGAGAAGGUUGUUAAACGUGUUUGUCCCAGUCUGGGAGGAAAGAUAAGCAGGUAUAUGCAAUUAAUGGGUCCCACAGAACCACCAAGGGUUCAGGAAACUGGAGUGAGUGAGAAGUGGCCUGAGUUAGAGGAGGGUCCACCUACCUCCCAGAUUUCUUCCCUGACGUUGGGCACAUUCGAUUCCUUGGAUGCCAGGCCAGAAAUAUCAAGGAGUCAAAGCCUGACCAGCAGCAGUGACACAAAGGAGAUGGGCUAUGGCUCAGUAUACAGCCAUCAUGUUUCUUAUACAUCUUCACCUGAGCAGAACUUUAGUCAUGUUCUAGAAGAACAAUUAUUUGAGGCUUCAGUCACAUCUUCAUACAAUGAGGAAGUGAAACUGGAAGCAUAUGCAAUGAACAGAGAGAAAAGUGGCUUCUGCUUGAUCAUAAACAAUUACAACUUCUCAAGCUCAAAGAUAAAUUUAAAGAACAGAGAGGGAACACUCACAGAUACAAAGAAUCUGGAGGCUGUGUUUCAGUGGCUUGGCUUUGAAACCCACGUGAAGCAGGACUUUAGCCGGCAGCAGAUACUCACCUUGCUGUGGGAUUUUGGAGGAAAAGACCACACCAACAUGGACUGCUUUGUGUGCUGUGUGCUGAGUCAUGGUGUGCCAGGGGGUGUGUAUGGGGUGGACGGUGCUGAGGUAAGGCUCAGUGAGCUGUUGCAGCCCUUUUCGGCACACCACUGCACCUCGCUGCAGCAGAAGCCCAAAUUGUUCUUUAUUCAAGCGUGCCAGGGCAUACAGGAGCAGAAGGCCGUGUUCCUACAAUCAGAUGGCCCCCUUGGUGUUACCAGUGAUGCAUUUGUGCCCCUGGAGUCCUUCCCCACUGAUGCUGACUUCCUGCUGGGCAUGGCUACUGUGCCCAACUUUGUCUCAUUUAGAGACAAGAAACAGGGAACCUGGUACAUCCGUUCUCUUUGCCAAAAACUACUGCUGCUGGUGCCCAGAGGGAUAGACUUGCUCUCCAUCUUGACUGAAGUCAACAAUGAUGUAAGCAACAUGACGGACAGUAAGGGAACGAAGAAGCAGAUGCCUCAGCCUGCAUAUUCCUUACGGAAGAAAGUCAUCUUCCCCAAACCGAAAAACCCCCGACCCAUGCUGGAUUAACGAAGAACCGUCACAGUGUCACAAAA